AAGCAGAGUGCCGGAAGUGGGGCUGGACAGGUUACCCUCAGGGGUGGGGAAGCGGAGGCCCUGGAGGAGGGCAAAAAAAGGCGAAGGAUCCCGGUCUCUACUCUGAAUCUGACGCCGAAUCUCUCGGAUCUCGAGCCACAGAAAAAAAGAAAGGGUGUCUCAUCCACCUUCCUCCUCGCCACCCUCCCUUCGGCCUUAGCCAUGGCGGAGGCAGGGGCUGGGCUGAGUGAGACCGUCACUGAGACAACGGUUACCGUGACAACUGAGCCUGAGAACCGGAGCCUAACCAUCAAACUACGGAAACGGAAGCCAGAGAAAAAGGUGGAAUGGACAAGUGACACUGUGGACAAUGAACACAUGGGACGCCGCUCAUCAAAAUGCUGCUGUAUUUAUGAGAAACCUCGGGCCUUUGGCGAGAGCUCCACGGAGAGCGAUGAGGAGGAAGACGAGGGCUGUGGUCAUACACACUGUGUCCGGGGCCACCGCAAAGGACGGCGUCAUGCUUCCCAGGGACCGACCCCUACCACCCCUCCCCAGCCUCCUGACCCCUCUCAGCCCCCUCCAGGGCCAAUGCAGCACUAAAUUCUUCUCUCACCCACCAUUCCUGUGUCUGUCUGGCCCUGAAUGUAUCUGUGUGGCUACU